AUGUCCGUUUCUUUUCAGAGUUGUCAAAUCAUCGACAAGGGUGGCGACUGUGCUGUGGUGCAACAACAAAGCGCAGGACAAUUUGCGUGCAAUGCACAAGAUGUGAUGUUCAUCUUUGACACGAAAACCGCGUCUCGAUCGCUCGACGAUUGGAGAGCUUUAGCCGGCGAUUUCGUGGACCAGUUCAACAUGCUCGCUGACGCGACGUCGAUCUAUGCUCGCUUUGCCGCUGUUCAAUUCGGAAUGGACACGGCUCGCCCGUCAACCAACUUCAUCACACCAUUUCCUUCACAGGAUAAUGAUUCGAUCGUUUUCGGUUUCGGCGACUACUACGCGCGUAGCGACGUAAAACACGCGAUUGACGCCUACGUGCAGGAAAAUUUGGCUCCGAACACCGCUAUUGGACGAGCUCUCGACGUGGGGGAAAACAUCUUCCGUCAUGAGAAUCAGUACAGCCCUGUGAUCAUUCUUUUCACCAACGGACUUGCCGGGGACACCGAUCUAAUCGAGGCGCUUUCACAAGCCACGUAUUUAAGGAAUAUCGAUGAGGUCGACAUUUGGGUUGUACUUGCUCAGGAUGUAGAGGAUUGCUCGUCUUGCUACUUCUUUGGCCUUCAACUCACCGGCAACAAAACCAAUCAAGUCUUCAACUCGACGAGUGACGCCGUGCGAAAUGAUGCCAUCUUUUCGGAGUACAGCAGAACGUACCCGUGUGCGACCCCAAGCCCUCCACCGGUGGCCGAGGUGUGCCCUUGCACGAUCGAAACAUCGUGGAACGAUGUGAUGAUUUUGGCGGACGGAAGCAAUAAUAUGGGGAGCAAUCGUUUCACAGAGAUGUGGGGUUUCAUGGUGUCGGCGCUGGGCGAAGCGACUAUCGGCCAGCAGGUGGCCUAUCAAACGAGAGCCGGUGUCGUGGUUUACGGGAAUAAUGCAACGCUAUUCGCUCCCCUCAACAAGUACCAAUCCACGGAUCAAUUUCUCUCGCAAAUGUGGCCAUUCAAGAACGAACAAGGCACAAAUAUUCAGGAUGCUGUACUACAAGCCGUAGCCGAAUUCCAAAAAAACGGUCGACCAAAGUCGAGAAAAGUGAUGAUCAUAGGCGCGAGCACGUACAGAGAGGGCUCUUACAAACUUCCAUUGAAUGACAUCCAGACGUUUCAGCUAAAUCAAGGAGUUGUGAUCGUUAUCGAUUACGGAAACGUGGAUGGGCAAGGUGCCGAGCUUCUCAAACAAAUGGCUUCAACGGGUUUCUACAUCGACGCCACACAAGGGGCACCCGACUUCUCCGUUUUGCAGAAACUUCUUUGCAAUGCCAAUUGUUUCUGUCCGGGACAGGGUCAAGAUGACGGGUAUUACCCGGUGAGCGAAGCGAAUCAAGACUGGCCAUCCGGUGGAUGUUUUUGGGACUCCACAUUGACCUCAAUCAAAACGGUGGCCGACACGAUUUGCCGUAGCACGCAGGCGGCCAGCGGAUCGCUCGGACAACCGAAAACCCAGCUUCAGCAACGAACAGUCAUUCAAUAUAGCACAAACCUAUCGCCAGCGAAACCCCCAUUCUUCGUCGGGCUCACCCGGCAAAGCGGCAAUUGGAUUUGGGCCGAUGGGAGCUAUUACGAUGCAAAUGUUAGUGGUCAAAUCAUCGACAAGGGUGGCGACUGUGCUGUGGUGCAACAACAAAGCGGAUUCAAUAUCAACAUCGCAAGUCAAGGCUGUACGACUGGGGCAUAUUACACGUGCCAAACAAAGCCCUGCACUACGGAUUUCUAUUGUGUU